UCUUUCUCCAAACAUCAUCAUAACUCUUUCCCCCUCCAUCCCCGAAAAAAAAUGGAGCGAAAAAACGAACCGAGAAUCCUCCCCUUAAUCCUGACAAGCCUCGUUGUAUUCCUAGGAAUACAACCCUGUCUAUGUCAAAACGAUGUGCAGUAUGAAACCUGCAGGCAGCCGUUUCGGUGUGGCAGUAGCAACACUGAAUUAGCGUAUCCCUUCUGGGGGGGCGACCGCCCCCCUGCCUGCGGCUAUCCGGGAUUCGAGCUCAACUGUGGGGGCGAUGUCCCCUUGCUCAACAUGCCACCGAUAUCGUAUUCGUAUCGAGUCUUCGAUUUUAACAAUUCCACGCAAACUGUCAGGGUUUCGAGAGAUGAUCUUUGGAACAACAUUUGUCCACAAUAUCUCUUCAACACGACCUUAAACUUUUCCCUCUUCAAUUUUUAUUCGGAUGCGAAUGAUCAGAAUAUUACUCUGCGCUACGGCUGUGACCUGAAUCAGUCGCCGCUGCCUCCUACAACGUUUCCCAAUCAGUUCAACUGCAACGUGAAUGGGACAAACAGCUGGAGUUUGUUUUUUACGAGGGAAGCAUUGGGGCUCGGAGAUGGGGCCACGUGCAGUUAUAGUAUCUCUGUUCCGGUGAAUCAAACUGCGGCGCGGGAUUUGGGAGUGAUGGCGACCACAUCGACAACAUUACUGCAGUCUGCUCUUGCGAGUGGAUUCUCGAUCCGGUGGUCGGCGGAGAACGACAACUGCGAUGCAUGUGCCACAUCCGGCGGCGCGUGCGGGUACAAUCAGGACGCGGCGUCGUUUGUUUGCUACUGCAGCGACGGGCGUCGUGGUAGCAGCUGCAGCAACGAUACUACUCCACCUGGUGGUGGAGGAAACGGUACGUGUAACUCAUUCCUCAUUUCUGUUUCUUCAUUUUUUCUAGUACGCGCCGUAGUUCCGUUUUCUCGCCGGAGAGGGUAUUGGUCGGAGAUUCUCCGGUAA